AAAAAAUUAACAAAAAAUUAAAAGGAUUUUUAACCAUUUUAAAUUGAUGAUUCAAUCAGAACUCAAAAGAGUUCCAAUAGUAACGAGAUUAUGUGUUUGUAUGACGAUUGUUCUUUUUGUCUUUUAUUAUAUUAUAAGAUAUUUGUUUUAUAUCUUUAAUUAUUCAGUAUCAUUGAAUAAAGUGGGUCCAGUGGAUCCAUAUUUUGUGAUUAUUCCGGGAAUUUCGUAUAUUUUUGUUUGGACGUUUUUUAUAGCUAGUUUUAUUGAGAAAAAUAUUUUUAUGUUGUUUAUUUUAUUAAUUAUGUUAUUAUAUGGUGGAAAAUACUUGGAAAAAUCAUGGGGAUCAAAAAGCUUUUUAAAGUUCAUUUUAGUUAUUACAAUUAUUCCAAAUCUAUUUAUCUGGAUUCUGUAUAUUUUUUAUUAUAUGAUUGUGGGAAAAGAGUCACUUUUAAUCCAAUCGAUUCAUGGAGGAUAUGGUCUUUAUGCGGGUUUCUUAGUUGCAUUAAAACAAUUGAUUCCGGAGCAUGUUAUAUCAUUUUUUAAAGGGAUUAUAAGGAUACGUAUAAAAUAUACACCAGCUUUGUAUAUCUUUAUUAUGCCAUUCAUAGGACUUCUUGCAAGAGAUGGAUCGCUUGGAAUUUUGUCGUGGUUAGGAUUUUUAAGUUCUUGGAUCUAUUUGAGAUUUUUUAAAUGGAACACGCCUAAUUUAUUAUCACAUUUAACAUUUAAUCUUAGAGGAGACAAUUCAGAAACAUUUGCAUUUUCUUACUUUUUUCCUAAACCUAUACACUUAUUAAUAAACACAGUUUCUAGAAAAAUUCAUAAUUUUCUUGUAUCCAUUCAUAUAUUUUCUUAUUCUAGUAAAACACAGACUCAACAAACAAAAAAAAUGUUAAAUAAUUUUCAAGAAAAAGAUUUUUUUCCAUAUUCAAAUACAUCUCAUUUUGAAACAGAAAGAAGAAAGUCACUUGCUUUAAAAGCAUUAGAAGAACGAUUAGGCUCGUUAACAAAUUCUAAUCCUGUUUCACAAUUAUCUGUAACAGAACUAUCUGUAUCGCCUGAAGAAAGUUUUGAUCAAUUUUCAAUUAUAAAUAAUGAGAACAAAAAUAAAAAUAAACCAGAAAGAUAGAAUGAAUUUUUAUUGAUUGGAUCUUUUAAAAUGUUAAUUUCAAAU